AUGGAUCAAAUCCACAACGAAUCAAAUUCCUACAAAAAGCUAAUCACAGAUAAAUCAUCUUCAUGGCUUGAAAUCCGAUUAUUCUACGUAAGAAUAACCCCUUGCGUUAUCGAAAGCGUACCCGACCACCUGACCCUUCGCCAUCUCCGCCGUUCAAUCAGCACACCCCUCGAAAUCAACGGCGCAAAAAUCCCCUCCUCCGAUUCCGCCUCCAUAAUCCUCCGUCGCGAUCGCCUCAACAAGGAAUCAUCGGAGGUAACGUAUGUAAGCACGGACAGCGUGCGAGUGACCUGCGGGGUUGAAUUUGAAGUAUUGGAUAAUAAGGAUAUGGUUUUGUGCGGGUCGUUAGAGAGGAUUGAAACGACAUCGUGGGGGAGUAAUGGAAGUGUAGAGGGGUUGGAGAAUGAUGCGAAGACAGGGUGGAGUUUAGAGUGCUGUGUGGCGGCUGGUGUUUUUGAAGGGAAAUCGGUGUUUAAAUCCGGGUUUUCGUCGCCGAUUAUUGAGGUUUAUAUUGCUGGCUGUUGUGGAGGUGUGCCAGUGAUUUUGACGAAGACCAUUUUGGUUAGUCCGAGGAAGAAACCGUCGAGGUAUGCGAUGCUUGAUGCGAUUCCAGAGGAUGAGGAGUUGGAUAAUAGGAAGCGAAACGGCGUUGUAAAUGGUGUUAUCAGUAAUGGGUUGGUUCAACGCAAACUUCAGAUUACUGAAGCUGAAGAUGACGACGACAAUGAGUCAGAUGAGAAAAUUGGAAACAGAUACUACUCAGAAGACAUGUAUUAUGGUGAGGAUGGACAACUCUCAUGGUUUAAUGCUGGUGUGAGAGUCGGUGUUGGAAUUGGCCUUGGGAUGUGCCUUGGUGUUGGCAUUGGUGUUGGACUGCUCAUGCGGUCGUAUCAAGCAACUACCAGGAAUUUUAGGAGGAGGACUCCAUACGAGAAGUGUCCUCAAGUACACUCUGAUUCCCGGACUUAUUUUGUGAAAGGCCUCAAAAACUUGCUUUCGCCAGUGGUGAAUGAAAAAGACAAUUGA